CCAGAAAGCGCGCCCCCCGCCCCCUCCAGGCAGGCCCCGCCCCGCUCUCCGCUUCCUCCUAGAUCCCUGGCACUGCGGCCGCUCGGGCAGAGGAGCCGGAGCGGCGAGGCAGCAGCGGCGGCGGCGAUGGCAGGGAAAGAGUUGGAGCGGUGCCAGCGGCAGGCGGAUGAGGUGACAGAAAUCAUGCUCAACAACUUCGACAAGGUCCUGGAGCGCGACGGGAAGCUGGCGGAGCUGGAACAGCGUUCAGACCAACUCCUGGACAUGAGCUCCGCCUUCAGCAAGACAACCAAGACUCUGGCCCAGAAGAAGCGCUGGGAGAAUGUCCGUUGCCGGAUCUACUUGGGGCUGGUAGUAGGCGGUGGUCUGCUCAUCCUCCUGAUUGUGUUGCUGGCCAUGUUUCUCCCACAAAGCAGCAAGGGCAGCAGUGCCCCACAGGCCCAUGAUGCAGGCGUUGCCUCAGGGCCUGGGGAAUGACACAGCUGGGCCUGGAAAAGAGGCCGAAUAGCCACACUGGUCGGUUCUGGUCUUCAGAGAACCCUGGAGUUUGCUCCCUUCUGAGCCACCCCAGUGAGCGUGGAAGGCAGCAGCAAUCUGUGCACCUUUGUUACUUCCUAUCACACGAGAGACUGGCCCUUGAGGGCAACCUGCUGUGCUGGCCAUGCCAGGGCAGCCCCACCUGGAGCUUAGUAAAAGCUGCUGUUGGGUUAAAAGCUGCUGUUUGGUUAAAAACU